AUGGGAGCAAUCCUACGGCGACCCAGCCGAGUCGCAACCAUUUUAGCCUGCACAUGCAUAUUCUAUUUCUUCGUCAUAUUUCUGCCAAGGUACAAUGAAGCGCCUGCAAGAUUGCGCGAGUAUGCGUACGUCAAGAGCAGCUUCGACUGGUCGAGUCUACCACAGCGACACCCCGUUCCCAAGUCCGAGCUAGCCUCCUUGCCCAAGGGGAAGCCAUUGUCUCUUCCCAAGGUCCAGUUCGCAUUCAAGAAGGACAAGAGCUCGGCGGGCAAGAUCCGAGCUCAAACGGCCGCGAACCGCCGCGAAGAAGUCAAGGCCGCGUUCCUCAAGACCUGGUCGAGCUACAAGGAGCACGCGUGGAUGUAUGACGAGCUGACCCCCGUUUCCGGGAAUGGCAAGAACACAUUCGGAGGCUGGGCCGCGACGCUGGUGGACGCGCUAGACGCACUAUGGAUCAUGGACCUGAAAGACGAGUUCUACGAAGCCGUCGCGGCUGUCGCAACGAUAGACUGGGAUGCGACGGACGAGACCGCCUGCAACUUCUUCGAGACCACCAUCCGCCACCUCGGGGGCCUCCUCAGCGCGUACGACCUGAGCCGCGAACCGGUGCUGCUGCUGAAGGCCGUCGAGCUCGGCGACAUGCUGUACGCCGCCUUCGACACGCCGACGCGGAUGCCGCCGUUCUGGCUGGACUUCGCCAAGGCGAAGGAAGGGGUCCUGCGGCCCGGCACGCACGACCCCUCGGCCUCCGUCACGUCCUCCUGCCUGGAGUUCACGCGCCUCGCGCAGCUGACGGGCGAGGAUAAGUACUACGACGCCAUCGACCGCAUCACGCGGCUGCUCGACCGCGCGCAGAACGAGACGCUGCUGCCGGGCAUGUGGCCCACCUUCUUCGACAUGGAGAACCUGAACCUAGCCCAGGAUAACGAGUUCACCCUCGGCGCGCUCGCGGACUCGCUGUACGAGCUCCUGCCGAAGAUGUACGCGCUGGUGGGCGGGCUGGAGCCGGUGUACGAGAAGAUGUACCGCGAGGCGAUGGAGACGGUGGCGAAGCAUCUCCUCUUCAGGCCGAUGACGCCGGAUCAGAAGGAUAUACUGUUUUCGGGAAAUGUCUACGUUAGGGAGGACGCUAGGGUUGAUUUACAGACUGAAGGGCAGCAUUUGGGUUGCUUUGUUGGCGGCAUGUUUGGACUAGGCGGCAAGCUCCUGGGAAUCCCGGAACACGUCCGGAUCGGCGAAAAGAUCACGCGCGGCUGCGUCUGGGCAUACGACGCGAUGUCCACCGGAAUAAUGCCAGAAAUCUUCGGGCUCAUCCCGUGCCCCACACUCGAGGCGUGCGCGUGGGAUGAGAAUCAAUGGCAAGCCAGAGGCGACCAUUCCCUCCAGAAGGGGUUCCAGAACGCCCGGGAUCCCCGGUAUCUGCUGCGCCCCGAGGCGAUCGAGAGCGUCUUCCUCAUGUACCGGAUCACCGGCAACCCGGAGUACCAGGACAUGGCGUGGCGCAUGUUCACGUCCAUCCGCGCGGCUACCGAAACCGAACUCGCGUUCUCGGCGAUUGCCGAUGUGACGGCGAAGGGGGCUACGGAGAAGAUGGACUCUAUGGAGAGCUUUUGGCUAUCCGAAACGCUCAAGUAUUUCUACAUGAUCUUCUCGCCGCCGGAUGUGAUCAACCUAAACGAAUACGUCCUGAACACCGAGGCACAUCCCCUCAAACGUCCUUGA